AUGUCCGCUCAGCCAGACAACCAGCAGAUGGAGGGUGUCCAGGACCCCACUACCGACGUGAAGGGCAAGGGCAAGGCUCAGGAGGGCGACGCGAUGGAAGAGUCCAUGGAUGAUGACUCCAGCGAUGAGUCUGGUGCCGAGGAUCAGCCCGAUGAGGACAACAUGGAGGAGAUUGAGACAUCCAACAUCAUAGGCAGCCGCACGCGCGGUAAGCACAUCGACUUCAGCAAGGCCAACCAGGAGCUCGAGGGUGACGACGACGAGGAUGACGAUGAGGACUUUGUCGACCCCGAUGACCAGAUGAAGGACUAA